AUGAGUUCUAUCAACCAGAUAUACGAUCUCUUUCCCAAUAAACACAAUAUCCAAUUUACAGAUUCUCAUUCACAGGAACGUGAUACUUCGUCCAGCAUUGCUAAGAAUGAUACAGAUGGAAGUAUAAGUAUACCAGGUAGUAUAGACACUGGCAUCCUAAAGAGCAUUAUUGAGGAGCAAGGUUGGAACGACGCUGAAUUAUAUAGAAGCUCAAUACAAAACCAAAGGUUUUUUUUAACGGAUAAAUAUGCUAAAAAGAAGCACUUGACUAUGGAAGACAUGCUUAGCACAGAAGAGGAACAAAGUUAUCAAGAGCCUAUUCAAGAUUUUCAGACCUAUAACAGACGUGUUCAAAGGGAAUAUGAGCUUAGAGAAAGGAUGGAAGAAUUUUUCUGCCAAAACAUUAGAAAUGAUUUACAUAUUUUGAACGAAGAUUCAUUAAAUCAACAAUAUUCGCCGCUUGGGCCUUCAAAUUAUGUUCUGCCCCUCGAUAGAUACUCUAGAAUGAAAAACAUAACCUCAAAAUUCUUCAAGAAAAAUAUUGGUAUUCCUGGGAAAUUGAAAAGAAGAGGUCAUUAUAAUAACAAUGCAGAGGGCCACAUCAAAGGAAACAGUUCUAUAUCCAGUUUCAGCACUGAUGUAAUCGAUAAUGCCAGUUACAGAAAUAUUGCAAUAGAUGAAAACGUUGACAUGACACAUAAAGAACAUGCCAUUGACGAAUUAAAUGAGCAGGGUUUUUCAGGCGGUGAAUCCGCUGUAGGAGGUGGGUCACUGCUGCAUGACAUUGAAAAGGUUUUCAAUAGGUCCAGAGCAACUAGGAAAUACCAUAUUCAACGGAAACUAAAAGUGCGCCAUAUCCAAAUGCUGUCUAUUGGGGCCUGCUUUAGUGUGGGGUUGUUCCUAACCUCAGGAAAAGCUUUUUCCAUUGCUGGACCAUUUGGUACUCUACUUGGAUUUGGACUUACAGGUAGUAUCAUUUUAGCGACAAUGUUGUCAUUUACAGAGUUAUCCACUCUUAUUCCUGUAUCUUCUGGGUUCUCAGGAUUGGCUUCUAGAUUCGUAGAGGAUGCUUUCGGGUUUGCAUUGGGCUGGACAUAUUGGAUUUCAUGUAUGCUCGCCCUUCCUGCUCAAGUUUCUUCGAGUACAUUUUAUCUUAGCUAUUAUAACAAUGUGAAUAUAUCAAAGGGAGUAACAGCGGGGUUUAUCACACUGUUUUCAGCAUUCAGCAUUGUAGUAAAUUUAUUGGACGUUAGCAUAAUGGGUGAAAUUGUUUACGUCGCUGGUAUCAGCAAAGUGAUAAUUGCCAUUUUGAUGGUUUUCACAAUGGUCAUCUUAAAUGCCGGGCAUGGAAAUGAUGUUCAUGAAGAAGUUGGUUUUAGAUAUUGGGAUAGCUCUAAAUCUGUCCGAAAUUUGACCUACGGGCUAUAUCGUCCAACAUUUGACCUGGCAGAUGCUGGAGAAGGAAGCAGAAAAGGCAUUUCUGGCGCAAAAGGCCGGUUUUUAGCUACGGCGUCAGUCAUGUUGAUUUCAACAUUUGCAUUUAGUGGUGUUGAAAUGACGUUUUUAGCUAGUGGAGAAGCUAUAAAUCCAAGGAAGACAAUUCCUUCUGCUACAAAGAGGACAUUUUCCAUCGUAUUGAUAUCUUACGUUUUUUUGAUUUUUUCGGUGGGUAUUAAUAUAUAUAGUGGCGAUCCAAGACUACUAUCAUAUUUUCCUGGUAUUUCCGAAAAGAGGUAUGAAGCUAUUAUAAAAGGCACUGGAAUGGACUGGAGACUCAGGACCAAUUGUCGCGGUGGUAUUGAUUAUAGGCAGAUUUCAGUAGGAACAGGCUAUUCUAGUCCUUGGGUAGUUGCACUGCAGAACUUUGGUUUAUGUACUUUUGCGUCUGCUUUCAACGCAAUACUGAUAUUCUUCACUGCUACAGCAGGGAUAUCUUCGCUAUUUAGUUGUUCAAGAACAUUAUACGCCAUGUCUGUACAACGAAAAGCACCACCUGUUUUCGAAAUUUGCAACAAGAGAGGUGUUCCUUAUGUAUCAGUGAUAUUCUCAUCAUUAUUUUCAGUCAUUGCUUAUAUUGCAGUUGACCAAACCGCAAUCGAAAAUUUCGAUGUCUUGGCUAAUGUUUCGAGCGCUAGUACAUCUAUUAUAUGGAUGGGAUUGAAUCUUUCCUUUUUGCGAUUCUAUUACGCUCUAAAACAAAGGAAGGACAUUAUAUCGAGAAAUGAUUCAUCAUACCCAUAUAAAUCUCCCUUUCAACCCUAUCUAGCUAUUUAUGGUCUAGUUGGAUGUUCAUUAUUUGUUAUUUUCAUGGGAUAUCCUAACUUUAUACACCAUUUUUGGAGUACUAAAGCCUUUUUUUCAGCAUAUGGUGGCUUGAUGUUUUUCUUUAUCAGCUAUACAACUUAUAAAAUUCUUGGAACGUCAAAGAUUCAAAGGCUGGAUCAGUUGGAUAUGGAUAGCGGGAGGAGGGAAAUGGACAGAACCGAUUGGACUGAACAUAGCCAAUAUUUGGGGACGUACAAGGAAAGAGCGAAGAAGUUAGUUACAUGGCUGAUCUAG